CUUCAUCUUCAUCUUCAUCUUCCAUUCUUUCUUCCCAUUUCUCUCCUUCUCCAAACAAUCCCUCUCUCAUCACCAUACUUUCUUCAUCGCUAAUGGCUCUCCAGCUGAAUCCCGCAGUGAAGUUCCCAUCUCACACCCUCCCUUCCAGACACCACCGCCGUCGCAGAUCUCCCACUGUUCUCAUGGCCUCCACUCUCCACUCUCUCUCCAAAUCGACAGAGGGAACAAAAAAGCCAUAUUUCCCUCCCCGGGAAGUGCAUGUCCAAGUGACUCAUUCCAUGCCACCACAAAAGAUGGAGAUCUUUAAAUCAUUAGAAGAUUGGGCAGAACAGAACAUAUUGGUUCACCUAAAGCCUGUGGAAAGUUGUUGGCAGCCUCAAGAUUAUCUCCCAGACCCGGAAUCUGAUGGUUUUUAUGACCAAGUCAAGGAAAUAAGGGAGAGAUCGAAGGAUAUUCCUGAUGACUAUUUUGUGACGUUGGUUGGGGACAUGAUCACUGAAGAAGCACUUCCAACUUACCAAACAAUGCUGAACACCCUUGAUGGUGUUCGUGAUGAGACUGGUGCAAGCCUCACCUCGUGGGCAAUAUGGACAAGGGCCUGGACUGCCGAAGAGAAUAGACAUGGUGACCUUCUGAAUAAGUACCUUUACCUGUCCGGACGAGUCGAUAUGAAGCAAAUUGAAAAGACCAUCCAGUAUCUCAUUGGAUCAGGAAUGGAUCCCAAGACAGAAAACAAUCCAUACCUUGGUUUCAUCUACACCUCAUUUCAAGAGAGGGCAACUUUCAUCUCCCAUGGGAACACUGCGAGGCUAGCCAAGGAGCAUGGUGAUUUUAAGCUGGCACAGGUAUGUGGUAUAAUUGCAUCCGAUGAAAAACGCCACGAGACUGCAUACACCAAGAUCGUUGAGAAGCUUUUUGAGGUUGACCCUGAUGGCACAGUUAUGGCCUUAGCUGACAUGAUGAAGAAAAAAAUCUCAAUGCCAGCCCAUUUGAUGUACGAUGGCCGAGAUGACAACCUUUUUGAGCACUUCUCAUCUGUUGCUCAGCGGCUUGGAAUUUACACUGCUAAAGACUAUGCUGACAUUCUUGAGUUCCUCGUCAGCAGAUGGAAAAUAGAGGAUUUGACAGGUCUUUCAGGCGAGGGAUGCAAAGCACAAGACUUCGUGUGCGGGUUGCCUCCAAGGAUUAGAAGGCUGGAAGAGAGGGCUCAAAGCAGAGUCAAGCAAGCACAAAGAGUUCCAUUUAGCUGGAUCUUCGGCCGAGAAAUACUGGUGUAAGAGCAACAGAACUACAUGGCUGGACUCGACUGAGGCCUUUCUGACAACAUAUGAGUACAAGUCUGAUGCGUUUUCGAGUUAGAUAUCACUUUCUAAUCGUAAUUGCUGAAGGAAAGUAUGGAUUAGACUGUCUUGUUGCUGCUGCUGGUAGAUGCAGCAGCUAUGUCACCCUCCAGUUCCUUAUUGAUUUAGAAGAAAAGGAUCAGUAUUGACUUGGGUUUUAAAUUUCGUGGUACACAAAAUAGAAUGCCUAGUACUCAUCUCUUGUAAUAACCAAACCAACUUUAAAUUAUGGCGCAGAAUCUUGAAUGUUGCUUUGUCUUUUAUCAACCACCAGUACUCGUUCCUA